UGUUCCGUGACACUCGCACUACCACCGUGUAAGCAGGUUUGCGGCUAUGCAUGAAUCGCUAGAGUACAUACACGGCUGUACUGUUGGAGACUAGAGUAGGGACUCAUAGCUAUCAUACCGUAGUGGACUCUGCACAGUGCAUAGGGUGCCUAUUCUAAGCGCAGACCGUCGAAUCGACGUCAACCUGACCACCGACCAGUUCUCCCCCAUCUACAUACGAUCACGACAGCAGAUACCUUCGGAGAUCGUCCGAAUUCCCAACAACGAUAACAAAAACAACACCACGCCCGAGCAUACCAUACGUGCGCGCCCAACAUGCAGCUGCGGCAGUGCAUCCUAUUCGCGGCCGCGCUCCUGUUCCUCGAGUGUGUGGCCGCCGCCACCCUCCAGAAGCGGGACAUCCCAUUGCCGCCGACCUCCGCCGGCGGCGCGGACAAGACCUUGGGCUGGACGGACCGGCUUCGGCGGAUAUUCCUGCGGCCCUCUGGGGCGGCUCCGCGCGGACUACCGGCGGGCGAGCGCACGGUAGCGGGAGCGGGGCAACAGGCGUUCUCGCACAAUCUCUCACGGUACGUCAAUGACGUCGUGUUGCGGUUCAACAUUACCGGGCGCGACGAGGCGCAGGCGAUGGCCGAGGCGGUGAACAUGCUGUACCUCGACGUGUGGUCGGCCACGAAGGACCACGUCGAUAUCCGCCUGCAACGCGGCACCGUGCCGCUGCUGCUCGAUCUGCUGCCCGCCAGCAUGCACGACUCCCAUACCGCGCUGAUGCAUAACAUCGCCCGCGAGGCGCUCGAGACGUACCCCGGCGGUAUGCAGUCGCCGGUCCCGCAUCCGUCGGUCACCAAAAUGUUUGAGCCGAUCGGGAAGGAAAAGGCAGAGGCCCUAUUCUUUCAGGACUAUCGUCCGCUCAAAGUCGCCGUCGCUUGGAUGAAGCUGCUGGAGUCCCUGUUCCCCGCACAUGUCGAGCUCAUCACCAUCGGCAAGAGCUUCGAGCAAAGGGACAUCCAUGCGCUAAAGGUGGGAACCGCCCAUCCCGACGGGAAGCAGAAGAAGGCCGUCAUCGUCACCGGCGCCGCGCACGCGCGGGAGUGGAUCACCGUGUCGACCGUGUCGUAUCUGGCCUACUCCAUGAUCACGGGCUUCAGUCGUGGCGAUCGCGGGAUCGACAACAUGGUGAACCAGUUCGAUUGGAUCUUCCUUCCGACUCUGAAUGUGGACGGAUAUGCGUACACCUGGGAGCAGGAUCGGCUGUGGAGGAAGAACAGACAGCCAACGUCGCUAGCGUUCUGCAAGGGAAUCGAUCUCGACAGAGCGUACAACUUCCACUUUGACGACUCGCCGCAAUCGUCGUCAAAUCCGUGUAGCGAGAUGUUCCCCGGCGGCUUCCCGUUCCAGGCAAAAGAGGCAAAGGUGUUUGCCCACUGGGCGGAAAAGCUCCUCAAGAACGGCACCAAGAUCGUCGGGUUGCUCGAUCUGCACUCGUACUCGCAGCAAAUCCUGUACCCGUACUCCUACUCCUGCGACGUACCACCGCCCGACCUCGAAAACCUCGAGGAGCUCGGCAUGGGGCUAGCCAAAGCGAUCCGCCUGCGAUCCGGCGAGCACUACGAGGUGACGUCUGCCUGCUCUGGCACCGGCUUCGCCGGGCUGAUCCCGGGCACGACGGGCAGUGGCAGCAUGCUAGACUACUUCUACGGGAAGCUCCACGUCCCAUUCACUUACCAGAUCAAGCUGCGCGAUACCGGCUCCCAUGGCUUUCUCCUGCCAAAGGAGAAUAUCGUCCCGACUGGUGAGGAAAUGUUUAGUAUGCUCAAGUACUUUUCCCAGUUCCUCCUCGAUGAUGGGAGUCCUACCCUGGCGAAGGCGGCGAAGGCUGCGGAUGAGCUGUGAGCUGUGAGCUGUGAUGAUGUGGAAAUUUUGGGGGUGGGAGUUGUGCUUGCUUGCUUUUUGUUUGAUUGUCUGCGCUGAGUCACUUGUGGACGCCAUCGUCCCCCCCUCCUCUCACAAACUUGGGGAUGUGAAUGUGGACGGAGAUUGAGAUUGAGAUUGAGAUUGUUUUUUUUAUUAUCCCCGUGUACUUCACUUUCACUUUCCGUGCAUUUAUGAAGGACAACCAUCACCC